ACUUUGCGACAUGAUGUUCGGUAUUAUCGUCUGCUCGUUUUGCAAAAAAUCACUCGAAGCUGUGUCAGUUCGACGAUGAUGAUGUUUGGGCGAGCCAGCUGAUGAUAUUCAAAAAGAGCAUCUUUGUCCGGAAAUGGAUGCCAACUUGUGAAUCGAAGAAGAAAAAAUAAAUAAAUCUAGAGCUGCGAAGAAAAUCCAUCGAACGCGCGAUCCCGCUGGCGAUGCGACGAGCCGCCAGCGCACAAAUACGAGCUAGGCGCGUGUGCGAUCAGUCGUAAAGAAAUCGCCGCAAUAAAGACGCGAUGGGGGCGCGCGCCCGAACAGCAUCAGCUCGGUCAAUGCGUAUUAUAUUUCCGUAUGGCGCGUGAGUCCAAAAAAGCUCAUUAUAAGGCUCUGGCAUACAUAGAGACGCGCACACCGGCUCGUGUAUAUAAACUAUGGCCUUCCGCCUUCUUAUUCUCAAUGCGUCUUUGCGUCUUGGGUCUUUCAUUCUCUCUCUGUCUCUCUCGGCCUCUCUCGUUCUCGGCCCGUUGUUCGCUCCAUCUGUUGCGUACAUCACGUCUCUCUUGCUCUCUCAGCGAGAGAGAGAGUGAGAGACUUUUAACGAAAAUGCAGUAGCAGCGGUGGCAACGGAGCAGCAUCAUCGGCGCGUAUACGAGGCCUCUGCGUGUGUUGGCGCGCGCGCCUGCAUCGGUGUGCGCGAGCCCAUCUCUGUGUGCGUGUUUGGGUAUUAUUUUUAGUCUCUGGCAGAUAUUUGGCGGGGUGUAUACUAUUACUACUAGCGAGGCGAAGACUGGCGUGCGAGACUCGCCUCUCUCGAUCUCUGUACACGCGCGCCUCUCUGUCUCUGUGUCUGUGUAGUCUUGCCGUCCGUGUGUGCGUGCGUGUGCCUUUUUCGAACGAUCUCGACUACGCCACUGCUGCGUGUGCGACGAGGACCCCCUACUUGAAAAAGUCUUCAGUAACUUUCGGACGAUCGGUUCGAUCGGAUAUACUCAGAGCGUCGCGGCGUCGUCGUCCCCCAGUGUGCCUGCCUCAGUGCGUGCGUGUGUGUGAGUGGCAUCGUGAACUUGUUCUACACAUCGUUUUGUAAUACACGAGUGAGGGAGCGAGUGAGACAAGUGCGCGUAGCGUCGUCGUCGUCACCGCCGCCGCCUCGUUCCAGUGCAUUCGCGAGCCGAUAUGCUUGUCGCCGAGUGAAACUAUGAAAAUGAGCAAGGACCAGAUGAAGAUCAACUGACACGUUGAGAGGAGCUCUCGACUCGGCGCGACUCGCGAUGCGGGUUAAAAACUGGACGAAUGUCGCUCAAUAAAAUCAAAGGAAAAUGUGUUAACAUGCAACCAAAGAAUGUACAUAUACUUGUUUAUUAUCUUAUAAGGGCAUGUAUAUAAUUUGUACAUACACGAAACGAGUCUAGUCAACCAGACGAUUCUAACUCAUCAAAUUGUGAUAAAAAAUAACAAGACGAAAGUAAAAUAAAGAAGAAAAGAAUUAUAAAGCGAAACGAUAGUUCCUGUCACGUCCACGAACGACGAUUACAAAGUAACUCAAGUAACACUAGGAUAUAGGAAGCGAAAAAUUGUGUGAUAUAUGGUACGAAAUACCAAAGAUUAAGCGGACAAACAAAUGAUGUUCAUAUUCGCAUCGUCCCGUGACAACAUGCAGUCACCACAGCAAAGCCAGCCGCAGCAGCAGCAACAGCAGCAGGCGCGCCGUAACGGCAACAAUCGUUACACGCGCAGCUCGACGACCAGCAUGACCCAACUGCUGAGCGACUCCUGCUCGAAUCUGCUGCAUCGGAUCACCAAUCGGGUCCGGGGGCCGUCGACGAACAACGAUCGGCCCGCCUACACGAGUCUCGCGUCCAGCGCAACGGCUCCGAUACACUCGACAGCCGCGUCCAACUUGGCCACGAUACACUCGCCCGCCAGGCACCAUAACAGACCUCAACAGCAGCCGCAGCCGCCGAAUCCACAUCAUCGUUACGACUAUCGUCAGUCGCAGCAGCUGCUCAAAGGGCCAACGGCGCCGGCAUCGAGCAGUGGCAGACUAGUCGGCAGCCGACCCGGUACCGCGGUCCUGCACCACCGAGACGACUCGGCCAUCGGCACGGCUCGCAGCCGACUCGAGGAAAAGUACUAUCCGGGCCUGCUGUCCGACGGCAGCGGACGCAAGCGCAGCGUCGGCAGCAGCAGCAGCGGCAGCGGCGCGAGCUACCUGUCGGGCAGCAGACAGAAUCUGCAGCGGCCGCACCACGAGGUCAGUCCGUUCAUCAGGGAGGAGAGGACGCUGGAGCCGUCGCUGAGACGGAGCGUCAUCAAGAGCCCCAGCACGAUAUUGCUGAGCGAGAAGGCCUACCCGUACGUGAGCAGCCCCGCGAGGAGGGACAAGACGCCCUGCGCCCACGAGAGGAGGACGCACCAUCCGCGAAAGAAUGCCGAGGGACGAGCCAGCGGCCAGUGCAACAGUCACAGCGCAAGCACCGAUCCAUAUUUCGUUUCGGCCGAGAAGUAUGCCGCUCUUCGAUCGAGCUUGCAGCACUCGGACAGUAUGAGACGCCGUGGCCGACACAAGUCCGGUCACGCGGAUUCGAGUCAAACGGGGUCGCAUCAACAGCAGCAGCAUCAGCAGACCGGGCGGCCCUGGCCGCGCAGCCGUCAGGGCAAGAGCGAGCAGCCCAGCGCGAGAAGGCGGCAGUCGUCGACGAGCUCCAACGACCCCGAAAAAACGCCGAUGCUGCCGACCGCGGAAUCGCCGAUCAGCGAAAAACAGGAGCAGCCAUCCAAAGCGACGACCCCCACGAAUCCCCCAUUGGUCUCGACGAUGGACUUGACCGAUCUACCGGACGAUCCGGCCAUAAUCGAGCGCGAAGCCAAGCGCAAAGAGAUACAGAGCUUGAUACAAAAGUACGCGGCUAUCGACGCGCUCUACGACAAAUCCGCGGCUGACGCGAUAGCCAGCAAGUAUCAGAAAAAGAAGACCACUGAUACCGAGAGUAACGCGACUGCUGACCCGGCGCCGGUGCCCGACAAGGCUCCUCUAUUACCUGUUAAAGUUGCUAAACCGAACAACGACGACGACGGAAUCGAUUUGAUCGAGGAUGAUUUCGUUAUGGUGAGCGAAAUAAAGCUCAAACGACCCGCGAGAAAACAACCCAUUUAUACGCCACGAGCGCCCUCCGUCGAGGACGACGAGGACGGUCAUCUCAUUUACCAAUCUGGCGACGUCCUGGCCAAUAGAUAUAAAAUACUUACCACCCUAGGAGAGGGUACAUUUGGAAAAGUUGUUCGAGUGAAAGAUUUACAAAUGGACCAUGAAAUGGCUUUGAAAAUCAUAAAAAAUGUUGAGAAGUACCGAGAAACCGCUAAACUAGAGAUUAAUGCUCUAGAGAAGAUAGCUUGUAAAGAUCCUGAAGGUCAACAUCUCUGCGUCAAAAUGCUCGAUUGGUUCAAUUAUCGCGGACACAUGUGCAUUGCUUUUGAAAUGCUUGGGCUAAGCGUUUUUGAUUUCUUGAGAGACAAUAACUUCCAACCAUACCCAUUGGACCACGUAAGGCAUAUGGGCUACCAAUUGUGUUAUGCAGUCAAAUUUUUGCAUGACAAUAAGCUGACGCACACUGAUCUCAAACCCGAGAAUAUUUUAUUUGUUGAUUCUGAUUACGAAGUUGUCUACAAUGGUAAAAAGCGAGUCAGAAGAGUGAAGAGAACAGAAAUCAGACUCAUUGACUUUGGCAGCGCCACUUUCGACCACGAACAUCAUAGCACAAUUGUUAGCACCAGACACUACAGAGCACCUGAAGUUAUCUUAGAACUUGGGUGGGCACAACCAUGUGACGUAUGGUCGGUUGGAUGCAUUCUUUUCGAACUGUAUCUUGGCAUUACGCUGUUCCAAACACAUGACAAUCGUGAGCAUCUUGCGAUGAUGGAACGCAUUCUGGGUGCAGUACCACACAGAAUGGCUCGUAAAACAAAGACCAAAUAUUUCUACCACGGAAAAUUGGACUGGGAUGAUAAAAGCUCAGCUGGACGAUAUGUUCGUGAUAAUUGCAAGCCUUUACACAGAUAUUUAUUAUCAGACGACGAAGAGCAUAAGCAAUUGUUCGACCUGAUUCAAAGAAUGUUGGAGUACGAGCCCUCCGCACGUAUUACCCUUAAAGAAGCUUUGAACCAUCCGUUCUUUGAUGCGUUAUCUCCUAGCCAACGACUCACAGAUUCGCGUGCCGCUGGAGAUUCUUCCGGGCAGUCGCACGAGCGAUCGCAUUCGCUCUCACGAUGAAGCUAGAAGAGGGACCGCACCACAGAUCAUCGCAUUAUUUACGGCAUGACCGCGAAUUGCCGCCGUGAUCUGUCGCUCUUCGUACGAUGACUCUCUGCGAAGUAAUGUUUUCAGCGUUCAAGAAUUUAACAAAAAUCUCUAAACAUCUCAUUUUAAAACUUUUCGACUUAUUUGUGUGAGCGGAGAUAGUAGUAUAUUUAAGAAACUUGUAAAACUGUAUCAUUAAGUACAAUUCAUUAGAAUAUGAAUCUUGAACGGAAAACAAGUGUCGGUCCCACUACUCGGGAGUAAAAUUAACAAUGGCUAUUCAAGGACGAAAGUGUUUAAAAUAAUCUUUGAAUCAGUAAUCAUACCAUUCUUAAUCGAGAUUGUGAGUGACGGUGAGAUGCAAGCUUUGACGAAGAUUCUGCUCACCGAAAGUAUAUUUUUUGUAAUAAAUUUCUGGACACUAAAGUCAGUUAAUCAUCGAAACUUCAGAAUUAUUUCUUGAUAUAACUAGAAAUGGUACUGUAUUGAAAUAACUCCGUACUUUAUUUUCACUUGAAAAAAGUUGUUUUAAUAUUUGUGAUUUGCGAGUGCUCGCAAUGAAAAAAAAGUAAUUAGUGAAAAUAUUUUACUCUUGACCAUCGAGGAAUGCCUGCUGCAUCGUGGAUCAAUGAUAAAAGUAAUGCCAUCAUUUUUACGUAAGAGUCAAUCGUAUUGUAGUCCGCUGCGAGGGCAGAGAGUGCGUGAGUCCCUCGUAUAAUUUAAUCAAAACCUUUUUGUAAGAGAAUUUUCUGUACAUUAUAACUAUAAUUUUCGUAAGAUUUUGUUCUCGGAGCGCAAUAUAAAUACAUCAGCGAAUUUGAUAAGUGUUAAUAAAGUUAAGAUGAAUCGAAUGAGGAAAAUGCAAUUUUCUCAUUUUUGUUCACAUGGUUGUAUACACUGUAUUGAUUAAUGACAUAAAAUCAAUGACUUGAACAAGUCUUUUUAUGUUUUUCUGAUCUACGAUAGAUGGUAAUUUUUUAGUAUAAGUAAUACCGAAAUGAUUAAUAGUUUGGUUAAUUAAUUUAUAAUGAAAAAAACCGAGUGCGACUUUUUCGUAGGAUUUAUUUGACAUCCUAUCGUUAACAAUAACGAAAACACCUGAUAAUAGUUUUAUGGAACAAUGUCAGAACUGUAAAUAAGUAAAUUGUGUUAAAUCUUAAA